UAAAUCCGAAGCCGACGCACACAAAGUCUCACAGAUCGCUAGUCUCUUACGGUGUUUGACAAUUAUAUUCCGCCCCGAUCUGACGGUGGUUCUCAUUUACCGGCGACGGAUUGCACUGUUCUAUUUCUUUUCACUCUCCAGUUUCAACCAUCUCUUCCUCCUCCUAACUCCACCAGUUUCGCUUCAUCGCAAAGCACACCGCAACUCAACUCCACCACGACCCCAACCCCAAACCCCUCCUCUCUCUUUUUUCUCUCUCCCCUGUUGAAUCUCGAAACGCACGCGUUUCUGUUCCCAAAAAGGUAUUGCCAGGGUUAAUCAACGGUUGUGUUUAUGCCUCGCGUACGAGUUGGCGUAUUCGUAGUAGCAUAAAAUAUUUCGCUCGGUUUGAUAAUUAAGGGUUUAGGUUAUCGCUAUGUCCGAUAAUUCGAUGGGUCGAGUUACCAUUACUCUUGGGCGUAGUGGUCAGGUUGUGAAGAGGAAUAUAUCUGCAGCAGACGCUUCCGUCUCUACUUCUCUUACCUCGGUUGGGAUGAAGAGGUCUAUGAGAGACAGAAUUGGAAAUAAUGCGGACAGUUCUUUGGGGCAUAGGAAUGAACUCCGCAGCAAUAAAAGACAGCGAGGAGAUAUAAGAAUGCCAAGUGGGCUGGGUGGUAACAGGAAAAUUGGCAAAGAUGAUCUUCGAUUAAAGCUCAUGCAAAAAAGUGCAUCUAGACGGGCUGAGAGCAAUGGUGUUAAGAGGUGCAUGGACCUCCGUGAAAAACUGUCGAAGGCUAAACCUCCAGUGACCAGUGUUAAUCCAAAGCAGCACAUGCCUGAAGCAAGGCAAACAAGGAUGUCGAGGCAAAUACCCUUGGCCAGAAGUUCUGAUAAUUUAGUGUGCAUGGAAUCCAUUAGAUGCUCAUCCUCUCCUUGGACAUUGGAUCAUAAUCAUAUAAGGCAAAGAUCACCAGAUGGGUUUCCAAGUACUUCAAGGGGGAUAUCGCCCCGAAGAAAUGGGGAAGACCUGCAGAGAAGGCCAUUAAACAGGACAUAUGAGGGUGUCAGGCCAGUUCCAUAUGUAACUAGAGAUGUUCUUGAGACUACAAGGCCUCCAAGUGCUGCACCUUCAUCUUUGAUGGCACGCUCCAGGGUGUCCACAUUGUCUCCAGUAACUGCUAAGCCUGUAGCAUCUCACCAUGGCCAAAUUCCUCCACCAAGAAGUGCUGCACAAAGGGCUUCAUAUGUGGGUGAUGAACAACAUUCCAACCAAACCGUUGAUGGCCUGUUAGAUGGACUGGGACUCAAAAAAUAUGCUGUUCUCUUCAAGGCUGAGGAAGUGGAUAUGACAUCAUUGAAGCAGAUGAGAGAAAAUGACCUCAAAGAGCUUGGAAUUCCAAUGGGUCCAAGAAAAAAAAUUCUUCUCGCUCUCUUGCCUCGUGCCAAGCACCAAUAGUGAUCUAUUAUACUCGAUGUAGAAGCUGACGCAUGUUAGAUCGCCAUCUUUUUUCUUUUGGUGAUGUUGAAACUUGAGAAUUUGUACUAAUACAUAUAUUCCUUUCCUUUGGGGAUUAAGUGUGACCCAUGUAUUCACUGUCCCAUUUUGUAUUCGAAGACAAGUAUUGGUUAAAUAUUUAGAUUUUUUUCGGCAAUAUCGAUGUGUAAUGUACCAUUGGAUUAUAGUAUUCCGCACAUAAGUGUAGA